CUGCGCGGGGCGCCCGGGCUCUGUGAGCGGUUGUCAGCAGCCCUGUGCCACCAACGGCUGCGAGUGGCGGGCGGGACGGGUCGGGCUGGGCGGCGGCAGCGCGGCAGGCUGCGGUCCUAAGGGUGUGCAGCAGCGCGGUCCAGCCCACUGCCCUGAGCGGCCGGCCGCCCCGCCCCUUCCCUCUCCCUCCCUCCUUCGCUCCCUCCUCCCGGGCUCGCGCUCGGGCAUUCCGUGAGGCGGCGAAGGCGCCCGGGGCGCUCGCGGAGGCGUCGUCCUCGCCCCAGCGCUCGGGCCCGCCCCCCUGUGCCCCGCCCUGUCUCCGCCCUCCCCACCGCCCUCUGCGGGAGCCGGGCAGCUGCAGCGGAGCCGCGGAGCGGGCGGCGGGCCGGAGCUGUGCGCUCGCGGCGCGCGGAAUGUGAGGCUUGGCGGCCCGCAGCACGCUCGGACGCUCGGACGCUCGGACGGGCGAAGGGCGGCGACCCCUUGCGGACGCCUGGCGCGCUCCGGGCCGGGGACUCGCCCUCUCGCUCGCCCUUGCGCUUUCCCUGUGCCCUCCAGCGCGCCAGCGGGACCAUGAAGAAGUUCUCUCGGAUGCCCAAGUCGGAGGGAAGCGGCGGCGGCGGAGCAGCGGGUGGCGGGGCGGCCGGGGCCGGCUGCGGCUCUGGCGGCUCGUCCAUGGGUGUCCGGGUGUUCUCAGUCGGCCGCUACCAGGUCACCCUGGAGGAGUCGCUGGCUGAAGGUGGAUUCUCCACAGUUUUUCUGGUGCGUACUAAUGGUGGAGUUCGAUGUGCAUUGAAGAGAAUGUAUGUCAAUAACAUGCCAGACCUCAACAUUUGUAAAAGGGAAAUUACAAUUAUGAAAGAGCUCUCUGGUCAUAAAAAUAUUGUGGGCUAUUUGGACUGUGCUGUUAAUUCAAUUAGCGAUAAUGUAUGGGAAGUACUUAUUCUGAUGGAAUAUUGUCGAGCCGGGCAGGUAGUGAAUCAGAUGAAUAAGAAACUGCAGACAGGUUUUACAGAACCAGAAGUGUUACAGAUAUUCUGUGAUACCUGUGAAGCUGUUGCAAGGUUGCAUCAGUGUAAGACUCCAAUAAUUCACCGGGAUCUGAAGGUAGAAAAUAUUUUGUUAAAUGAUGGUGGAAAUUACGUACUUUGUGACUUUGGCAGUGCCACUAAUAAAUUUCUUAAUCCUCAAAAGGAUGGAGUUAAUAUAGUAGAAGAAGAAAUUAAAAAGUAUACGACUCUGUCAUACAGAGCCCCUGAAAUGAUCAACCUUUAUGGAGGGAAACCCAUCACUACCAAGGCUGAUAUCUGGGCCCUGGGAUGUUUACUAUAUAAACUUUGUUUCUUCACUCUUCCUUUUGGUGAUAGUCAGGUUGCUAUCUGUGAUGGCAGCUUUACCAUCCCAGAUAAUUCUCGCUACUCCCACAACAUACAUUGCUUAAUAAGGUUCAUGCUUGAACCAGAUCCAGAGCAUAGACCUGAUAUAUUUCAAGUGUCCUAUUUUGCAUUUAAAUUUGCCAAAAAGGAUUGUCCGAUCUCCAAUAUCAAUAACUCUUCUGUUCCUUCAGCUCUUCCUGAACCAUUGACCGCUAGUGAAGCAGCUGCUAGAAAAAGCCAAACAAAAGCCAGAAUAACAGAUACCAUUGGACCAACAGAAACCUCAAUUGCACCAAGACAAAGACCAAAGGCCAACUCUACUACUGCCACUCCCAGUGUACUGACCAUUCAAAGUUCAGCAACCCCUGUUAAAGUCCCUGCUCCUGGUGAAUUUGGUAACCAUAGACCAAAAGGAUCACUGAGACCUGGAAAUGACCCUGAAAUCUUAUUGGGUCAGGGGCCCCCACAGCAUCCUCCACAGCAGCAUAGAGUACUUCAACAACUACAACAGGGAGAUUGGAGAUUACAGCAACUUCAUUUACAGCAUCAUCACCCUCACCAGCAGCAACAGCAACAUCAGCUACUUCAGGAUGCUUAUAUGCAGCAGUAUCAGCAUGCAGUGCAUCAACAACAUUUACUCCAGCAACAAUUUUUAAUGCAUUCAGUGUAUCAGCCUCAACCUCCUGCAUCACAGUAUCCUACAAUGAUGCAGCAGUAUCAGCAGACUUUCUUGCAGCAGCAGAUGCUAGCUCAACAUCAGCAAUCCCAACAGCAGACAUCACCUGAAUAUCUUACCUCCCCUCAAGAGUUUUCACCAGCCUUAGUUUCCUACACUUCGUCACUUCCAGCUCAGGUUGGAACCAUAAUGGACUCCUCUUAUAGUACUAGGCCAGUUGCUGAGAAAGAGGCAGUUGCAAAUUUUACAAAUCAGAAGAACAUCAGUAACCCACCUGAUAUGUCAGGGUGGAAUCCUUUUGGAGAGGAUAAUUUCUCCAAGUUAACAGAAGAGGAACUGUUGGACAGAGAAUUUGACCUUCUAAGAUCAAAUAGGCUCGAGGAGAGAGCAUCCUCAGAUAAGAAUGUAGAACCACUUUCUGCUCCACAUAACCAUCCUCCAGAAGAUCCUUUUGGUUCUGUUCCUUUCAUUUCUCACUCAGGUUCUCCUGAAAAGAAAGGUGAAUAUCCAUCCAUGAAUCAAGAAAAUAGCACCAGAAACCCUAUCAAGAAUGGAAAAGCAAGUCCAGUAUCUAAAGAUCAGCGGGUUGGAAAGAAAACCUCAGAGAAUUUAUCAGUACGGGGUCAUGUACAAAAGGGGAAUGAUGACUCUGAAAGUGAUUUUGAGUCAGAUCCCCCUUCUCCUAAGAGUAGUGAAGAGGAAGAGCAAGACGAUGAAGAAGUUCCUGGAGAACAAGGAGAGUGUAAUGAUGAUGAUACUGAACCAGAAAAUCUGGGUCACAGGCCUCUCCUCAUGGACUCUGAAGAUGAGGAAGAAGAAGAGAAACACAGCUCUGAUUCUGAGUAUGAGCAGGCCAAAGCAAAGUAUGGCAGCGUGAGCCCUGUCUACAGAGACAAAUCUGGCAGUGGACCAACCCAAGAUCCUAAUGCAGCACUCCUCACCCUAACCCAUGUAUGCUCUGAUGUUGGGAGGCAGACUCCCAAACAGGAAUUUGAUGUAUUUGGUGCUGUUCCCUUCUUCGCAGUGCGUGCUCAACAGCCCCAGCAAGGACAGAAUGAAAAGAACCUUUCUCGACAGAUGUUUCCUACUGUGGGACUAGAGCAAGAGGAAUUUGAUGUCUUCACUAAAGCACCCUUCAGCAAGAAGGUGAAUGUCCAGGACUGCCCUGUAGUGGGGUCUGAGGCACAUGCUCUUCCUGGUUGUCCCAAAAGUGUAGAUAUAUUUGGCUCCACUCCUUUUCAGCCUUUUCCUACAUCAACAGGUAAAAGCGAAAGUAAGGAGGACCUUUUUGGGCUUGUGCCCUUUGAGGAGAUAACCGGAAGUCAGCAGCAAAAAGUCAAACAGCGCAGCUUACAGAAAUUGUCCUCUCGCCAGAGGCGCACAAAGCAGGAUAUGUCCAAAAGUAACGGGAAGCGGCAUCACGGCACACCAACUAGCGUGAAGAAGACGUUGAAGCCUACCUACCGCACUCCAGAGAGGGCUCGCAGGCACAAGAAAGUGGGCCGUAGAGACUCUCAAAGCAGCAAUGAAUUUUUAACCAUCUCAGACUCCAAAGAGAACAUCAGUGUUGCACUGACUGAUGGGAAAGACAGAGGGAGUGUCAUACAACCAGAGGAGAGUCUGUUGGAUCCCUUUGGUGCCAAGCCCUUCCAUCCUCCAGACCUAUCAUGGCACCAGCCACAUCAGGGCCUGAGUGACAUCCGUGCUGAUCACAAUACUGUCCUGCCUGGGCGGCCAAGACAGAAUUCACUACAUGGGUCAUUCCAUAGUGCAGAUGCGUUGAAAAUGGAUGACUUUGGUGCAGUGCCCUUUACAGAACUUGUGGUGCAAAGCAUCCCGCCACAUCAGUCCCAACAGUCCCAACCAGUUGAAUUAGACCCAUUUGGUGCUGCUCCAUUUCCUUCUAAACAGUAGAUACUUCAGAUGGAUUCUUGGCAUUUAUUCCUGUUUCAAAAAAGUAUGAAUAGUUUUAUGAAUUUGAAGAAAAUUUAUUUGUAUAGCUCUUUAUAUCAUUCAUUCUUACAGGUCAGUGAGGAUAGGUGAUUUUUAAAUAAACCAAAUAGAAAAAGGAAGUAUCUCUACAGGGUAGUAACUUGAUGCCUCUUCAAAGCAGAAAAGGGAGCUAAAUUGAAAGCUGCACCCAAGCGUUUCUGCUACUGACAUCACAGUAUGGAAAUGCAAAGUGUGGUACUUCCAUUGAAAGCACAUGGCACCUUGCCAUUCCAGGUGUGUAGACACUGAGAAGGGACAGUAAAGCUGUAUCAUUAUUUUUGACAUCACAGUGUCACUUAUGUGCAUAUCCCAGGCUCAUUCCAGAUCCAGCAUUUAAAACUAGGCUCCUUUGUACAUACAUUGAUUGUGUUUAUGAAUUUUAUGGUCUCUUCUAGUUUUCACACAGAAAAUAAACAAGCAAUCUAGCUCUCCUUAAGAAUUAGGAGGAUCUUAUCUGGAGAGUGUAGAGACUUUAGUUCAUACACGCUUCUCUACAAAGCAGAGCCAGAAGAAACUGACUAUUGUGCCUAAAACUCUGUUUAUUUUAAAAAAUAAGUGCCAUUAAUAUGGGAUAUCUUAUGAUAAUUAUGUGAAAUAAUGUAUGUUAAUUAGUUCAAUUUAGCUCUUCUACAAUGUAUACAAAUUUUGAAACAUGUACAUGAUAAAUGUAUAUAAUUUUUAUUUGUCAGUUAAAUUUUAGAAAUAUGGAGUAUCUAAUUGAAACCUAGAGCAAAACUGUAAAGAGACAUA